UGAGACGACGAGACUCCGUGUGAGCCGGUCGUGGAAAUGUGGACCCGCAAGCAGUGUCGCCGCGACCACGCCGUCACAUUCUCGUCACCGCACGCGAUCCCGUGCAAACUACGAACACAAACUUAACUUUAACUUAUACGAGCUUAUAAAUAUAUAUUUUCGUAGAUGCAUAUUUAGUGUUAGUAGCUUUUAGUGAUGUGCGAUGGCUAAGCGGCGGGUCGUGCGUUGGUCUAGUUGGCAAUUGCGGCGGCUGGCCACUUGCGCAUGGGCAUGCGCCGUACUCUUACCGCUUCUUACUGAUGUCCACGCUGAUGUGGAUACAUCAACUGGUCAUGGAGACAACACACUUACGAAUUCAGUGGUGGAGGAGCCAGAGUUCACAGAGGUCAUACAAAACGUAACGGUUCCUGCGGGUCGCAGCGUGCGGCUCGCUUGCUCCGUCAAAAACCUCGGCUCCUAUAAGGUGGCGUGGAUGCACUUUGAACAGUCCGCUAUACUGACUGUGCAUAAUCACGUUAUUACGAGGAACCCACGGGUGAGCGUGACUCACGACAAACACAGGACGUGGUUCCUUCACAUUUCCGACGUGCGGGAGGAGGAUCGCGGUCGCUACAUGUGUCAAAUUAAUACAGUCACAGCCAAAACACAGUUUGGAUAUUUACAUGUUGUUGUGCCGCCGUCCAUCGACGAUUCCUUGAGUUCGAGCGACGUUAUCGUCCGAGAGGGCGCGAACGUCACUCUGACCUGUCGGGCUAAUGGCUCUCCUAAGCCGACCAUCAAGUGGAAACGAGAUGACAACUCAAAAAUCUCCAUCAGCAAAGGCUAUACUGUUUCAGAAUGGGAAGGCGAAGUAUUAGAAAUGGCAAGGAUAUCCAGAUUAGAUAUGGGAGCGUAUUUAUGCAUCGCCAGUAAUGGAGUCCCUCCUACGGUCUCAAAGCGAGUCAAAGUUAGCGUAGACUUUCCCCCAAUGUUAUGGAUACCUCAUCAACUCGUCGGUGCACCGCUUUAUUACAAUGUUACGCUAGAAUGCUUUACCGAGGCCCAUCCAACAUCAUUAAAUUAUUGGACUCGAGAUGACGGACAUAUGAUACACGAGAGUCCUAAAUACCACAUGGAAAAUACUGUUGGAUUACCAGCAUAUAAAACACAUAUGAGGCUACUUAUACGCCAUAUAGUUUCAGAAGAUUACGGCACUUAUAAAUGUGUAGCGAAAAAUCCGAGGGGAGAGUCCGAUGGAACGAUACGCUUAUACACUUCUUCGCCACCUACAACUACACCAGACCCAAGGGCGCUGACACAACCACCGCCAUCUAAGCCACCACGACGGGACACUCCAAGUACAGACAAAGGAACAAAAUAUCAAUCAAACUUGAACGAGAUCGAUAAAGGGAAGCAGAAGCCAGACGAGGGAGGUGGAAAGACGCAUCUUAACUGGGUGGGUGGUGCAUCACAGGUCACAGAUGAAGCCACCGAUAACAGAUAUCAAACCUGGAUUUUAAUUUCAAUUUUUGUUUAUGCAUUACUGUAGGUAUUAAAUAGGACAUUUAAAAAGCUCCUAAUCUGUCGAAUCUAUAUCUUAUGCACCUACGAGCACCUAUCUGUAAUAUCAUAGAGCUUACCGUAUUUUAGAAAUGUAUUAUAAUUAUGAUUUGGCACAUGCGCACGCUCAGUACUGUUUAUUAUGUAAGUUCCUAAUCACAACAAGUCUAUAAUCAGCUUUGUUUAAUAUUCACGAUUAAAGUUACAAGAACUAGUUCUCCGUGGAUACAGAUACUUGUUUUGCGUCUCAAACUUAUAUGAAAUCCAAUAGAUAUCCAAAUUACUUCAAAAAUAUACAUCAAAUUUCCGUAGUUAAAUUUGUAUCAAUCUAGAUUUGAACAUUUUUAUUGUUAAACGCUGAAGUAAUCGGUGCUUGAUUUGAUAACACCUAAUACUCAAUAUAUCUGAGCGCAUUUAGUGAUUGUGUUGAAGGAAUAUUCGUAAUUUCUUCUUCAUUUAUUCGAUUUGUUUAUAUAUAUAUUUACACAUAUUAUAAGAAGUACUUAUUCUUCAUUUAUUAUAAUGACGACGUAGUGUAAAAUUCCAUACUGCCCAAGUUUUAAUAGAACUAUUUUUUUAUUGCGACAGUUAUUUGAUGUCCUGCCGAAUAAAUAUUAAAACAUGGCUUCACAAUAUUUUUAUCUGGCUUUUGUAAGUGAAAUGAAAUAUAUUGCAGCACUUGUUAGAUUAAUACGAAUAAUGUAAAGCGCACUAUGUCAAAGUAGCCAUUUUGUAUGAUUAGAUUAAGACUGAAAGUGCAGGAUUUAAUUAUUUUGUUGUUAAAAUUCUAAUAUUUUAAUAGAUUUUAAAACGUUUUAGUGAAAUAUUAAACUAGUAGCAAAAAAAGUUGUAAAACGUCAUUUAUUUUAUUUGGAAAGUCUUCAACUACGGUAAAAAGUUCGUAAAUGUAUGGGUAAGGCGAGGGCAUGGAAAAUGGAAUCUACUGCCAAGAAAAUGCCAAAGCUUGGGAUUGUAUUGCAACCUGAUCGGUAGCCAGUCUAAAGCAAUGAAACUUGCUAAAUAUUCCAAGUUAUGUGCACUCGCUUGUCAUACUACUAUUUCUAAUGCAUUAAUAGGCUUUUUUUUCACUUAUAUCAUUGUAUGAAAAUUUCUUCUGUCAAUUAAAUAUAAUAUAUCGAUUUAGUGUCGCUAGCAUAUCUGAUCUGGUGUCAAAAAGUCAUCACUUUAAUCAGUCACUCAUCAGGUCGGAUAAGUUCGUGACAUUAUACGUAAAUGUUAACGUUAACCUGUUGCCAAAUUGCUAAUUAUAAGAAAAAUGCUGCAUAGAUUAUAUUGUACAUAUAAUAUAUAAGCAAAUUAAAGGGGUGUGUUUAUUAUGAGAGAGUGUAUUGUUUGUUUACAUUGUAUUGAUUGAUAUGAACAGUUGUAAGACGUGGACAUGACGUGCCACGAAUAUACAUAAGUAGGUAAUAAAAUAAAGCUUGUUUUAAACACUA